UCACCAAACAGAAACAUUUGGGGUCCUUCCACUUCACGUGUGCGUCUGCUGCUCUGCCAUCGUGAGAGGGAACCAUGCCGAAGUCAAAGAGGGACAAGAAAGUUUCAUUAACGAAAACCGCCAAGAAAGGAUUGGAGUUAAAACAGAAACUGAUCGAAGAGUUACGGAAAUGUGUGGACACCUACAGAAACUUGUUCAUAUUCUCUGUGGCAAAUAUGAGGAAUAACAAGUUGAAAGACAUCAGGACAGCGUGGAAACACAGCAGAUUCUUCUUUGGCAAAAAUAAAGUCAUGAUGGUCGCCUUGGGUAAAGGACAAACAGACGAAUACAAAGAUAAUUUGCACAAGGUCACCAAGUAUCUACGAGGAGAAGUAGGAGUACUAUUCACAAAUAAAACAAAGGAUGAAGUACAAGAGUAUUUCAGUCAUUUCAAAGAGAUGGAUUAUGCGAGGGCAGGCAACCAGGCACAGGUGGACAUAACUCUGGAUGAGGGACCCCUGGAACAGUUUCCUCACUCAAUGGAGCCUCAGUUGAGGCAACUGGGACUUCCCACCGCUCUCAAGAAGGGCGUGGUGACACUGCUGAAGGACCAUGAAGUCUGUAAGGAGGGAGACAUUCUGACUCCUGAGCAGGCUCGUAUUCUGAAACUAUUUGGCAUGGAAAUGGCAGAAUUCAAGGUGCAGAUCAAAUGUAUGUGGAACUCAGAAACAGGCGAGUUUGAGAAUUGUGCUGGUGAGGAAGAUCCUAUGCAGGAUAUUGAAGAAGAAGAAGAGGGUGAUGAUGAUGCAGAAUGAAACAUCUGCAAGAGCUGGAGCUUGUACACAUUAUUUUGUGUACAGUCAUUUUGCCAAGAGGGACUCGUUGAUGUUAGAACCAUUCAUCCUGACUGCCUGUCCAGUCCAUGGAGUCUGUUUAUACCUUUACUUCUGUCGCUUUUUCAAGAACUUCUGUCCUUCACCUUGAAUUUUAGCUUUGGACUAAUUGUUCUUCGGAAAACUGGUGACCAAAGUCAGGGGACUAAAUGAGGUCUUGCAUGUUAUUCUGUAGAUGCUGCUCGAUUUGUCAACCUGAUGACAAAACUUUUUGUUUUGCAGUUAUAUGUCUUUCUGCCAAAAAAACCAAUGUGUUAACCCCACCCAUUCAAUUAAUUUUAUGUUUAAAGAAAAACAUUGUUUAUUUGUCAGGAAAAAGUUUUCAUUUUAAUGUAACAGUUUAAUUAAGGCAGACUUCAGAAAAAGUACUUUUUCACUGAAAAAAUCUUGUGUUUUCAUUUAUACAUUGACAACAAACUGCUCUGAUGAUUAAU